GGCAGCUCAUUGGGUCAGUGUGAAUACCAGGGUCGUGGGGUGCUGUGGGAGGGUACAGCAGGAACAGUGGGUACCACGUGCAGCAACUAGGGGUAACAUGUGCAGCAAGAACAACAGCUAAGGGUAUCUCGUGCAGCAAGUAUACCAGCGGUACUUCGUGCAGCAAACACAGCACGUGGUGCAGCAAUAACAGCAAGGAGGGGCUGAUUCUACUCACCAUACUGUGAGCUGCUCCUCAAGACAGAUGUGGCGCGUGUGGUGGGUGGUGGUAGGGGCCCUGACGCUGGUGGUGGUCGAGGCAGCAAAACUGAAUGAAAAGCAAACCAAGCCGCGAUGUCAGGAUAUGGAAGGUAGACAGAGGAAAGUAUGUUAUGGUAACAAACUCCUUCAGUCAGCAGAGAGGCAGAACGUCAAAGCUGUGGAAAAAAUUCUUAAAAUGAAUGAGACAGCUUAUUAUGUGUCCUUCACCGAGAAUACCGAGAGAAACAGAGGUUACACAGCGCUCAUGUAUGCUAUAGAUCGCAACACCACCGAGGUCUUCGACAUCCUACUGAGAGCUGGAUCAAUAGUUAAUGCCGUCAGCGCUAAAGGCCUGACACCUUUGUAUCUGGCCGUGGACCUUGGUAAUGAGUACAUCGUCGAUAAACUGCUACAGAAAGGUGCUGACCCUAACACUGUCUCGACCACAGGCUACACACCGCUCAUCAUAGCAGCAUGGAACGGAUACCCACAGAUCGUUCAGAUACUACUGGACCACAAAGCCAAGCCCAAUGUCUACACCCCACACUCAAACUACACACCCCUAUACCUGGCAUCUAAGGCGGGUAGACUGGCCAUCGUAAAGAGUCUUGUAGCAGCCAAGGCCGAUAUUAACUCCAAGACCUCGUGGGGGGUGACGCCCCUACAUGCUGCCACAUACUGGGGUCAUCAGAAUGUGGUGGAGUUUCUGUUGGAGAAAGGCGCUGACCCAAAUCUCCAGGAGAAGGACGGGUUUUCUGUACUCCACAAGGCAGUUUACUACAACUUUCCGUCCAUCGUUGACAUUUUCAUCGAGAAAGGUUCAAGAGUUGACAGUCAGAAUAAAAAAGGUCACACUGCCCUCAUCCACGCAGCUGAAGGUGGCCACACCGUGCUGGUGGAUAAACUGUUAAAGGCCAAAGCCAACCCCAAUCUUCAAGACACAUCUGGUCACACGGCGCUCAUCCACGCUGCCAGAGGUGGUCACGUUGAGCUGGUGAAUAAACUGGUCAAGGCCAAAGCCAAUGCCAACCUUCAACACAGAUCUGGUAAAACAGCUCUUCACUGGGCUGUGUUAAAGCAAGAGAAGGAGGUCGUUAGGUCUCUGCUGAAGGCGUGUGCUGAUCUUACCAUACAGGACAACAGGGGAAGGACCGUGAAAGACUUGGCCAAGGUUGUACGUGUAAAGAACAAAGAUGAAGACUUGAAGAAGAAGGUGGAAAUAAUUAAGCUUUUGGCAGAUCACAAUGUUGCUAGUUGUAGUUAAGAAGAGUUAAAUCACCGAGACUCAUCCUCUCUCUCACAAUGAGAAUUGGUGAGUCAUAUCUGCACUGCACCACACACUGUAGUUCUUACUAACCAACUGAUACAGUACUGUACAGUGGUAGUUGUGUACUGUACAGUAGUACUUGUGUACUGUAGUGGUAUUUGUCAUCAUUCAUCUUAACAUAAGUGUACCUGAUGACUGCCCCAAGUAGAGGGGGUGUAGUACUGUCUGACCUACCAUACCAUACCUUACUUUAACCAACAUGUUGUCACUAAGUUAAUUGUGUGUCCAUCUUGUUCACUACCACAUACUCUUGUUAAUAAUGGUAUGUCCAAUACUGUACGAUGAAACCUCUAAUACAACGGACUAACCUAUUACGUAUUGUCCAGUAGAAGGAAAGUUUCAUAUAUAAUGGACUAAUCUCUCGCAUACAGUACUAUCCAUUAAAAGGGUUUCAUUGUACAUACAUGAAUUAUUCUUAGUCUGGCCUACCUUAUCUAAUCACUAUUGUUGUCACCGGUUAAGUUUGUGUCUGUCUCAAGCGGGACGGUCGAUGCCGGCUACUCGUGUUGGUGUUGCUUGAAUAAACUUUAUCUUAUAAU